UUAAAAUCAAUCGAUCGUUUUCCAGACACCACUUUCAGUCUUCUUCUUUCUCAUUCUUUAUAAAUUUAUUUAUCAACUUGGGCCAGUGCAUGCUAUUGAUUCUGAUUCAUUUUCAGAGAAAAAAGGAUAAAGGAGAAAAACUCUCGCUUUGCUGUUUCCAUUCCCCACCGACCCUUUUCCAGCUUUCCUGUCUCAUUUUUUUAUCAGAGAUAAUAUUCACCAUCAAAAAGUUGAUAACUUAAAUUCGAAUUUCUCUCUUUCUUUUCCACUCAAGUUCAUCCACUUGGGUUUGCAAAAUCAAUCACACGUUCAAAGAUUCAAUAUUUCUUCUUGUUUUUGUUCUUUUCCUGGUAUUUUCGUUGAAUCUAUAAAAACAACCACGUGCCUUCAUUUUUGGUGCCAGGAUAAGAGUUUCUGUAGAAUUUAACAGGUGGGAUUUGUUUUUUGUAUGUACUUUGUCCAGUGAGGGGCUGUUGAGAAUUGGCGAAGAAAUUUCGAUCGAAUGGCGGAAUUUGGAGGGAAAUGGCGGGUUUUCAGACCCAUAUUAGUGGUUUUCUUCAACUUCUUGUUAGCUUUUGUGUUUGCUAAAGCUGAUAGAGGCUUAAAACUUGAAGAUUUAGGAUCCAAUGAACCAGGAAAAAAAGAAUCAAAUUUUCUUCUCAAAACUGUUAAUUUCUUAUGGCAAUCUGAUCAAUCUGGUUAUCACCAUGUUUGGCCGGAAAUAAAAUUUGGAUGGCAAAUUGUUCUGGGCACUAUUAUUGGAUUCUUCGGAGCUGCUUUUGGAAGUGUGGGUGGAGUCGGUGGUGGUGGAAUUUUUGUUCCCAUGCUUACCCUGAUUAUUGGGUUUGAUGCAAAAUCAGCCACAGCUAUUUCAAAAUGCAUGAUUAUGGGUGCGGCAGGCUCAACCGUUUACUAUAACCUUAAGCUAAGGCAUCCUACAAUUGAUAUGCCCAUCAUUGACUAUGAUCUUGCUUUGCUGAUUCAACCAAUGCUCAUGCUGGGAAUCAGUAUAGGUGUUGCAUUCAAUGUUAUAUUCGCUGACUGGAUGGUCACGGUUCUACUCAUUGUUCUCUUUUUAGGUACAUCAACCAAGGCAUUCUUCAAGGGUGUCGAGACAUGGAAAAAAGAAACCAUUAUGAAAGAGGAGGCUGCGAAGCUUUUGGAAUCUAAUGGUGCUGGUUCUGCCGAGAUGCAGUAUAAGCCUCUCCCCAGUGGUCCAAGCAGUGAAACUCAAAAGGAUUCUCUGGACCGAGAAGUGACUAUUUUGGAGAAUGUCUAUUGGAAGGAACUUGGACUUCUUGUAUUUGUUUGGGUUGCAUUCCUUGGACUACAAAUCACCAAGAAUUAUACAUCUACAUGUUCCGUAGCAUAUUGGGUAUUGAAUUUAAUGCAGAUCCCAGUUUCUUUUGGGGUAUCUCUGUAUGAGGCUGUUAGCUUGUACAAAGGAAAUAGAGUAAUAGCUUCAAAGGGAGAUGAUGGAAAAUGUUUACAAGUGCACCAGCUUGCUACCUAUUGUGCCUUCGGAGUAUUGGCUGGCAUUGUUGGUGGGCUGCUUGGACUAGGAGGAGGAUUUAUCAUGGGUCCACUGUUUUUGGAGCUGGGAGUUCCUCCUCAGGUCUCAAGUGCCACUGCUACCUUUGCUAUGACCUUCUCCUCAUCCAUGUCAGUUGUAGAAUAUUACCUUCUGAAACGUUUUCCUGUUCCUUACGCUCUCUACUUUGUUGCUGUGGCUACUGUUGCUGCAUUUAUUGGGCAGCAUGUCGUGAGAAAACUGAUUAUUUUAUUAGGAAGGGCGUCGCUUAUCAUCUUCAUUUUAGCCUUUACAAUAUUUGUUAGUGCAAUAUCUCUAGGUGGAAUUGGUAUAUCAAACAUGAUCAAGAUGAUUGAAGCACAUGACUACAUGGGAUUCGAGAACCUCUGCAAGUAUGAUGCUUAGAUUGUAGUUUGUUUGUGUGUGUGUUUUUUAUUUUUUCUGGGUUAAUUCAUUUAUCUGAAAUUCUUAGGUGCUGUAAUCAUUCUCCUAAGGCUGAAUUUUUAUCUCUGUUGGUGUGACAAUAGGAUGAUUACUACUUAAAAAAACUUUAUUAUUGGCAAGUUCAAAAUAUGCUGGUUGUGAGUUAGUGUUCUCAGUAUACAAUGCCAGUAAUGGUCACAAAUUUUAUUUUAUUUUAUUUUAUUUUUUGGGUUUUUGAUUCUAGGCACCCUUAUAGAUUGAAGGUUUUGAUAUGGUUGAAUUGUAAUAAAGGAUUGAGCUAUUGCUGUCUUCAUUGUAA